AUCUAACGAACACAAACAUGGAGAAGAUUAAGAAGAUUUUCUCUCCUGGCCACGAGAAGGAUGAAGACGUCAUGUAUAACGACUCCAACACGAGCCGCGCUUCUACUACCAGAGACAGUGCUACGCCCACUCAACACGCUGUCGGCUCGAGUAACAGGGACACAAACCUCAGACAGAAUGUUUUGGAUCCUCAGAGCAACCUAAACUCUAGACCUAAUCCCACUACUACCGUCUCGUCAGCCUCAACGAUCCCUGACAAUGUCAGCACGGCAAGCAUCAGAUCAGGCGUUGUUGGCGCCGGCCAAGAGCCUCGUGACGUCGAGGGCACUGGCUUCACAGACUACGCUGCAACAGGUAGUGGUCUGUCAGCACCCCAACAAAAGCUCCCUGUAAGAAGUGCCAGUCCUGUUGGACAGUCUCGUCCCAGGCCUACGCAGAUGGAGACCAUGGACCCAAGUGGCUUCGUGAACAGCUCACAUGCACACAAGGGCCUUGGACACAACUACAAUGGUGACCCAUGCCCUGAGGGUCAAGAGACACCUGUUCCUGGCUACCUUCACCACCAGCACGGUCCCCAUGGUACAGACAUCGCCAACAAGCUCGACCCUCAUGUGCCUGGCGAGUUCCCCUCCGACGACGGCCUUGACACACACCAGCGUAGAAGAGACGGUGACCUGACAUCAGGCUCCUCGAGCCUCGGUUCUGAUGCCUACACGACUGAACAGCGCGCCGCUACAUUGCCAGGCCAGGGAUUGAACACAACAGAGCCCACCAGCAGCCACCACUACGGUAGAGAUGCUGCCCUUGGUGCCGGCGCCGGAGCUGCUGGAGUCGGUGCUUACGAGUACGCUCAGCAUCAGAACAACUAUACUGCCAAAGUCGCGGACCCCAACUACGAUCCACUGCUUGAACAACAAAGACGGGAACGUCAAAGUGCCCUCGACGCUGCUAUGGCCGGUGAUCAGAGAUCCCAGCCGGACGCAUACAACACCAGCUCGACUGUUGGAUCCACAUCGACCACUGAUCGCUCCUUCCCACUAAGCAGCCACCCUACUACUGCCACCAACUCAAGAGAUCUCUCAUCAGAGACAUCCAGAGAUCAUCAUUUGGGUAGAGAUGCCGCUCUCGUUGGAGGCGGACUUGGUGCUGCUGGUUUGGGUGCGCACGAGGCCGGAUCUCAUAGACGCUCACACGAGAUUGAGGGCUACGAAGAUCAGCGCUUCGAUCCCUCUGCUGCUUCUGGGGACAAGCCCACACGCAUCCCCAAUCUAAUGUACGGCUCCUCGAACAAGUCGAGCCACGAGGGACAGCGCACUGGUGCACUUCCAGGCCACAGUGUAAGCGCCGCAGAAACUGCCAGUGGUCUUGGGGCAGGAGCUGGUGCAUACGAGUCUAACCGUUUGCCUGGCCAAGGUGUGAGUGCAGCAGAGACUGCCAGUGGUCAUCACUACGGUAGAGAUGCUGCUCUGGCUGGCGGUGCCGGUGUUGCUGGUUCUGAGUUGCAGGGCUACAACCAUGGCGGCCGCACUGAGACCGACCCUGCUUCCAAGACUAUUGGUCCCCACAAGAGCAACCUUAUGAACGUCAUUGACCCUCGCGUUCAGCCUGAACCAGAGAAGAUGAAGGACAGAACCACCGCUGGUCCUCAUCAGAGCGACAUGAUGAACCGCGCUGACCCUCGCGUUGAUUCCGACCUAUCUAAGCAGAACGAGCACCACUAUGGUAGAGAUGCAGCUCUGGCUGGAGGAGCCGGUGCUGCCGGCAUUGGAGCUUAUGAGUAUGGCAAGCAGCACGGCCAACCCACCGAGAACAUUGGCACCUCCGCUUUCGACCCUCGCUCAACCAACACCACUAACGUCGUGGACCCAAACCACGACCCAAUUCUUGAGCAGCAGAGACUGGAACGCCAACGCGCAUAUGAAGCUUCCCUGGCUGGUGCUGGUGGUGUAGGAGCCGGAGGCGUAGGUGCUUAUGAGCAUGGCAACACUCAUGGUACCGCUGCUCAGAACACUCUCGAACACUCCCCGUUCGCCUCUCGCUCUGCUAACACCGAUCCCGCUCUGACACAACAGCCUGGACACCACUACGGCCGUGAUGCUGCUCUCGCAGGCGGUGCCGCUGGUAUUGGAGCAGGCGCAUACGAGCAUGGCAGACAGCAUGAUGAUCCUAUCGGUUCCACCGUGGGAACUUCGACCUUCGACCCUCGCUCGACCAACACCAGCAAUGUCAUCGACCCUAGUACUGAUCCUACUCUCGCACAGCAACAGCAAGGUCAUCACUAUGGUCGCGACGCUGCCCUUGUUGGAGGUGCUGGAGCUGCAGGUGCUGGUGCUUAUGAAUACGGUAAGCACCACGGCACUGAUAGCAACCUCGGAACUUCCGCCGUCGACCCUCGUUCCACUAACAGGGUCCCCGUCGUAGAUCCCAACAACGACCCAAUGCUCGCACAUCAGAGAGAAGAACGUCAGCACUUCACUCGUGACGCCGCUGUCGCUGGUGGCGCCGGAGCAGCUGGCUACGGUGCUUACGAGGCGCUCGAUCCCAAGGAGCAAGAAAAGCUGGCCAAGCACCAGGCUCAUGAGGCUGAGAAGGCACACAAGGCUCAGGUCCACGAGGCUGAGAAGGCACAAAAGGCCCAGCAACACCAGAUGGACAAGGAUUUGAAGCAUCAGCAGAAGGAGCGUGAGCACGAGGCUGAAAAAGGCACAAAAGGCUCAGCAACACCAGAUGGACAAGGAUUUGAAGCAUCAGCAGAAGGAGCGCCGAAAAGCAACAAGAAGAAGCACGGCCUUCUUGGCUUCCUACACCGCGACAAGAAGAACGAGCCCGAAGAUGAUUUGCGCCAACAGGGACGUCUCCAGGAAGCCGACAUUGCUGCACAUGAGCGCCAUCAACGCGAACUCGAGGCUCGUGCUGCUGAUGGCUCAAUCCCUGCUGCGGGAGCCAGGUUUGAGCCUUCGCUUGAGGAACAGGGAGCAAACCCCAAUGCCUCAUCCCCGUAUGCUGAUAUCGAAGAGAGAGGACACCAGACUGUUUCCACCGAUACUGCAGGUCGUCACCGUCUGCACAAGGAGCCUCCUGCCAGUGUGCUUAAGCAGCACGGCUUGGAGACUGAUCACCCUUAUGGUGACAGUCAUGGUGCAAACGUUCGUAUUGCU